CAUAAACUCGAAAUGUUACCAACAUACACUUUUCUCCGCAGUUCACCUUGCAACUCGAUAUCUUGAACCAAACUAACAACAAAGCCACAACAUCACACCAUGUCAGACGCAGAGCUGGCAGCUAAGCAAGCAUACUUCGAAGAGCAGAAGCUACUAGACAUCUCAGACGACGAACGCGAUUGUGACGAUGCAGCCGCUGAGAGGAUCGGGCGUGCGAUGACCCAAAUGCCAUGGCGCAAACCACCAAAGCUUGCGCGGCGGACAAGCAGCUUCCUAGGCCCCACACCCAAAGAAGUGAAAGCCGAGUUCGAAGCUCACAUGAUGCGGCGGCGUGCAGCUGCACGAGAUGAAGCUGAAGCUGAAGCUCUGAAUCGUCCAUCGACAGCUCCUGAGGUGGAAUCAACACCAAGUCUUCCCGUUACAAAGCUACGAGCGCGGAAAUCAAGAGGUACUGAAGGCAAUGAUAACGGCAAAACGAGGCGCGUCACAUCUCUGCCUACUAUGCCUGUGGUCGACACGACGCCCUUCUAUCACCGAAUGGGUGAGAUACCGCGUGAGCUCAAGAACGGAAAAAACGUCAAGCCAGCAAGGCAUAUCAAACUCGAACCUGAGCGCAAGCAAUUGUUACGAGGCAAGAUUGUUUACUUCUAUCCCAACGAUGACAUAAGUAUGGUUCGACGGACACGCAUUCAUAUGCUGAUCCGACUCGGGGCAGCGUGGGUCAAGGAGUGGAGAGAUGAUGUCUCGUACGUCCUAGUUGACGAUGCGAGCUGUACAUAUGCGCAGUUACUGCGAAAUUUGAAUCGAGCAGGACUUCCGAGGAAGGUAGUCCUGGCGAGAUUCGAUACAUAUAUAACACAGUCGAUAGAAUUCGGCGCGUUGCAAGACCCAUCAGCAGCACGCUACGCUGUCCGAGGUGCACCACAGCAGAUUGAAGCAAGACCUCACACGCCUAAUAUACCGGCACCUACUCCUGGGUCGUUGGGCGAAUCACAGACAUCACUGCAGAUCAAACCGACAAGGAAGCAGAAGGACGCCAUGUCCUCUCAGACAAGGAAUUCGAUGCCGAAAGAAGGUAUCCCAAGUCAGUCCGCGGUCGAUCCAACAUAUGGCCAUGGCGGAGAGCCAGCUGAGGCCACUGUCCCAGAUGCGUCGUUUGGAGCGGAGCUUUUACAGGCUAUACAGGAGACGAAAGCGAUUGCGCAUCUGCCAAUCGACGACGACGACGGCGACGACUCAGCAUCUCCUACUCCGAGCGUCUUUACAACGGAUGACGAUGAUUCAGGAACCGACGAGGAGCCUGAACAAGCACCUACGAAGGUCGGGAAGAAGCCAAUCACUCGGGCCUCGAAGAAAGUCUUCGAUCAGAGUGGAUUUCAGUGCAUGGAUCCAGGCACCAGCGGCUAUUCACAGAAUCCGAAUGCCCGCACCAUCCAGAUCCUCGAGGAGAUGGGCAGACACUACGAUCAAAUGCAAGAUCAGUGGCGUACACUGGCAUACCGGCGUGCUGUCACAACAUUGAAGAAGCAAACCGUGAAGAUCAGAACCGCAAAGCAGGCUGCAGCACUGCCAUUCAUCGGCACACGACUAGCCAACAAGAUCGAGGAGAUUGUACUUACGAACCGCUUGCGUAGGCUCGACGCUACUAAAGAUGACCCUCUUGAUCAGGUCUUCCGUCUUUUCCUGGGCGUGUAUGGUGCCGGCCUCGUACGAGCGGGCAAAUGGGUCCAAGCUGGCCACCGUACGCUGGCCGACCUACAGGCCCACGCGACCCUCACUGCGAGCCAAAAAGUCGGCGUCGAGCACCAUGCGGACUUCAACGCACGCAUCCCCCGCGCCGAGGUCGCCGCCCACGGCGCCCUCAUCUCGACCGCGCUGCAUGCGAUCGACCCCGAGUGUGUGGCAACAGUCAUGGGCAGUUACCGCCGUGGCGCCGCGCACUCGGGGGACAUCGACAUGCUGAUCACACGCCCCGGCACGCCGCUGUCCCAACUGCGGACUAUCGUGUUCGAGACCCUCGUGCCCAACCUGUUCGCGUCCGGCGUGCUGAAGGUUGCGCUCGCGACUAUGCGCUCUGGAGAUGCGAGCGGGACAAAGUGGCACGGGGCGGCGUGUCUGCCGGGGAGUGCGGUGUGGCGGCGGCUGGACUUGUUGAUUGUUCCCGAGGGCGAGAUGGGGGCCGCGUUGAUGUAUUUCACCGGCAAUGACAUCUUCAACCGAAGUGUGAGGUUGCUGGCGAGGAAGAAGGGGAUGCGGCUAAACCAGAAGGGUCUAUACAAGGACGUUAAGCGGGGGAGAAGGGGGGAGAAGCUAAAUGAGGGGACCUUGGUGGAGGGCCGGUCCGAGAGGAAAAUUUAUGAGGCGCUGGGUGUACCGUGGCGGGAGCCACACGAGAGGAUUUGCUAGAAGGAGGCUAUAGAUAUCAUCACUUGCUCUGAGGGACUGGCACGCGGCAACGAGUCCAAGGAUCGAAGU